UUGGUUCAAAAGUACGAAUGUGAAUGAGUGUGAUUGCUGUGCUUUCAGUAUUACAAGAAGUCUGUCUGGACCAAGUGGACGAUGAAGUUUGAGCACCUACUCUCGGAUAUCAAUGGAUUUGGACGGUUCCAGAUUAUGAUCAUUAUUAUCAGCUUCGUUGCACGAUUCACCCUGCCUUGUCACUUUAUGCUGGGUAACUUUAUAGCGGCCGUGCCCUCUCACCGCUGUGACCUCAGCACUCUGGAUGAUGAGGGCGUCUUUGGGAAUCUGACCCAGGAGCAGAGACUGACUGUCACUAUUCCAGUACAAGAAGAUGGGACUCCAAGCUCCUGCAAGAUGUUCCCAGAACCCCAGUUCCACCUCCUGUCCAACUCCAAUGACAGUGACCUAGCUACAGUCCCCUGUCAGAAUGGAUGGGUAUAUGACAACAGCACCUUCAAAUCCACUCUGGCUACAGAGUGGGACUUGGUGUGUGACCAGAAAGGGCAAAAUAAGGUGACGGCCACCAUCUUCUUCUUGGGAGUGAUGUUCGGAGCAAUGACCUUUGGUAGUCUGAGUGACAGGUUUGGUAGGAAGACCAUGCUCCUGGUGUCCUAUAUCUCUGGCAUGCUGUUUGGUGUUGCCAGUGCUUUCUCCACCUCCUUCAUAAUGUUUGCUGUGCUCAGGUUCUUCACUGGGUUCGGCAUCACUGGCAUCGUCAUCAUCUCAUCAGUACUCAGUGUGGAGUGGGUGGACAUUGAGCACAGAAAAUUAGUGGGAGUGAUUGACAGCCUGUCCUGGACGUUUGGUAACUCCAUGAUUCCAGCCAUAGCCUAUUGUGUGAACGACUGGAGACAGCUGACCAUAGUGGUCACCUCACCUCUCGUCCUGGCCAUACUCACAUGGAGGUGGAUUCCUGAGUCAGCCAGGUGGCUCAUAGCCAAUGGGAAGUUUGAGAAAGCAAACUUUUAUUUGCAACAAUGUGCCCAGAUUAACCAGAAGCAGGAGUUUGCAUCCAAAAUUACACCAGAGACGCUGUCCAGUAUCAUUGUGACAGAGAGAAAAGACAGAACCUACUCCUACCUGGACUUGGUCAGGACCCCAAAGAUGAGGAGACUGGCUCUACUCACAGGCAUAGUGUGGUAUGGUGUGGCUUCAACAUAUUAUGGCAUUAGCUUCAACAUCACUGGAUUUGGGCUCAACAUAUAUCUAACCCAGUUUGUGUAUGGUGCCAUAGAACUCCCAGUCACACUAUCAGUGUACUACCUUCUGGAUAAAGUGGGCAGGAGAAACACAGAAGUAGGAUCUCUGCUAGGAGCUGGAAUCUGUCUCGCUAUUAAUAUUUUCCUACCCAGAGACAUGUCUGUUUUAAGGACGGUGGUGGCGAUGCUGGGGAAGGGUUGCUCGGCAGCAUCCUUCACAACUGUCGUGUUAUACAGUUCUGAGCUGUUCCCUACUGUGGUCAGGCAGAAUGGCAUGGGCUACAACUCGUCCAUGGGUCGCCUGGGGGUUUCUCUGGCCCCUCUCAUCCUGCUGCUUGACGAGGUGUGGAGGGACCUUCCGCAGGUCCUCCUCUGCUCCAUAGCCCUGCUGGCUAGCCUGGUGGCCAGGAUGCUGCCUGAGACACGUGACCGCUGUCUACCAGAGACCAUUCAGGACAUUGAGGACGGGCAGACAGGGAAAAGUUUGGCUGGAUCCCAAGUUGUGGAAACAACAGAAAUCCCUCUAAAAUCAAAGGCCAACGAUGAGGGGGAAAAUUGAUACUAAGAUAUUCUUUCCGGAAAUAUUUUUUAUAUGCCCAAAUGUGCACCAACAACAAUUUUCAAACACCUUUUCAAGUAAUCUCAUUGUGUUUGUUCCACAUCAAAAACAACACUCAAACCUAGCACUGAUUUAAUAAAACAAGACAAGCGUAAUUCAUUUUAUUCCUCCUA